AUGAAUGACUCCAUCCGUCAAUUGAUCCUCCUUCGACCUGUCAUGCAAAAAUCACCAACAAUGUGGUGGUGGAAAGUUUUGGUGAUUACUGCCAUUGGAAUAGUACACACAGUACAUGCGGCUUCCCGAGACCAAUGGCUCGGUCGGUCGAUCUACCAAGUGGUCACCGAUCGCUUCGCUCGAUCCGAUAAUUCAACUAUCGCUUCUUGUAACGCAGGGCUAGGCAAAUAUUGUGGUGGGAGUUUUCAAGGCAUCAUAAAUAAGCUGGAUUAUAUUCAGGGACUCGGGUUCGAUGCUGUUUGGAUCUCUCCAGUGCAAAGUCAGGAGUCAACUCGCACAUCGGAUCUCUCCGCAUACCAUGGAUAUUGGCCAAACGAUCUGUAUUCCGUCAAUUCCCAUUUUGGCACUUCAGAAGACCUUCAAGCGUUAUCCGCAGCGCUGCACGCGCGUGGCAUGUACUUGAUGCUGGACAUUGUCGUUGGUGAUAUGGCCUGGGCUGGAAAUGCCUCCACGAUCGACUACACCACGUUCAAUCCAUUCAAUAAACAGAAGUAUUUUCACCACUACAAGCUACUUUCUGAGGACCCCACAAAUGAAACCUGUGUUCUAGAUUGCUGGAUGGGAGACAACACCGUAUCGCUUCCAGAUCUGCGAAACGAGGACCAGGAAGUCCAGCAGAUUCUGGGCAACUGGGUUUCGCAAUUGGUUCAAAACUACUCAGUUGAUGGCUUGCGAAUCGACAGCGUCUUAAACAUCCCCCCGGUCUUCUUCUCCAAUUUCAGCAAGUCAGCGGGCGUUUUCACUAUGGGCGAAGGGGCCACAAAAGACGCAUCUGGCUAUUGCUCCCUGCAGCCUGGUAUAAGCGGACUUUUAGAUUAUCCGUUGUACUAUAUCCUCUCAGAAGCCUUCAACACGACCAAGGGAGACCUGAACCGAAUUGUAGAGUCUAUCGACUAUAUCCGAGCACAUUGCGAGGAUGUGCUAUCUUUGGGAACCUUCACAUCGAAUCAGGAUGUCCCUCGCUUUGGCUCGUAUACUUCAGACGUAUCGCUGGCUCGCAACAUUCUCACAAUCAGCAUGCUUGCUGAUGGUAUCCCGAUCUUCUACUACGGGGAAGAACAACACUUGUCAGGCGGGUUCAACCCUGUCAACCGGGAGGCUCUAUGGCUUACCAAAUACUCGAUGAACUCGACCUCCCUGCCUUUGCUGGUUCAGUCAUUGAAUCGAAUUCGAUCAUAUGCGAGCGGCGACGGAGAAAAAUUCACGGUCGCUCCAAAAUCAGGGAGCAACUAUCUGUCAUAUCUUUCGAUGCCAAUCUACAACUCAACAAACAUCUUGGCCAUGCGCAAAGGAUUUACCGGUAAUCAGGUUGUGAGUGUGGUGUCCAACCUGGGAGCCAAACCAGCCACAAAUGUCACCACCAAAAUCACGCUUAGCUCCGAUGGCACGGGAUUUUCAUCCGGACAAAACGUGACCGAGCUCUUAUCUUGCAAAUCAUUUUUGACUGAUUCAAGCGGAAAUGUCAAUGUGGACCUCAGCUCGGAUGGAGGCCCUCGGGUGUACUAUCCUACCGAAAGCCUGAACCGAAGCACUAAUAUUUGCGGAAAUCACACCCAAACAUCCACAGCCUCGUCAAAAAGUUCAAAUACAUCUACCGGCGCCGGGAUCUCCUUAUUCGGUUUGUCGUGGGAGAUGAGAACAUUGAUGCUCAUGGCUGCAUUGACCACGUCCUGCAUUUCCAUCUAA